AUGUUCCGUCACAGUACGAUCGCGGCUCGCGUGACCAUGACCCUUCUCCGGGUGACCAUUGCGAUCCCUCUACUUCUCAUGAAUGUUGCGCUCCCCGCACGAUUCGUCAGAGCGGCGGAUGCGGUUCAGCCCUCCGAGGAAGAUCCGUUUUCGGAGGCUGUCCGAAACUUGUACCAGUGUUCCCUUCCCAGCCGCUCUUCCCCUUCACCCCCUCCCUCCUUUCCCUCCCAACCCUACCAACUAACUCAUACUUCAUACAGAGAUGGAGUCUCCUCUUUCACACCCCCCCGUUUGAUCCCUUUAAUAGAAACAGCGCAUCCGGGCUGCAUCCUUUCCGCCCCCUCCAUCCCCUUUCUCCCCCUGAUGUUCUCCUCCUCACUAAUCCUCCGCCGCUCCUCACCACGGACUCUCCCAUCCCUCCGCCUCCCUCCCAACCAGCACUGGGAGAGCGCCUAUGGGCUCCAGGCGGAGAAUACAUUCCCCCCCUCCGCCAUCUCGCUUCCCCCGGACGUUCCCCCCGCGCCCCACCUGGAGGACUGUGAGGCGCGCACAGCCUUCCGCCUGUCCACCGAGAAAUGGGGGGAGCGGGGGGAACCGCCCUACUGGGCUGUACCCAACCCUGCCUGCGGGAACGUGCCCCAACCCCCCUGGAUCCGAGGCUCUGAUGCUGCCAACCUGGCAGCCACCCGGCAAGCACAAGCUGACAUAUGGCGACAGCAGUUCCCACCCAGGCAGUGCAAGGGGCGGCGGGUGAUGGUGGUGGAGUGGCUGAGCAUGGGGUGGCACGGGAUAGGGUCACAGCUGCACGUGAUGGGCGCUGUGCUGAGUGCCGCCUUGCUGCACAACAGGACUCUUGUGCUCAUGCCCGCCACUCUGCCCCAGGCAGACCACGCGGAAUGCGAGAGGGGUCGCUUAACUGCUACUUCUUUCGGUUCUCCUCCCAAAUCGCAUCUGACUUGUCGUGCGUUGCUUCUGUUCCUUUUGCCCUCCGCCCACCCAGAGCUGGGCCGCCGCGGAUCGCUAGAGUGCUACUUCUUUCGGUUUUCAUCCCAGGAGUGUGAGGAGAUCGCUCUCAAGGCACGUCAGGCCUGGAAGGCUGCUGAGGAGAGGAAGCAGCAGGCUGCUGCCGAGGAAAAGGAGAGGGAAGAAAGGGAGAGGGGAGAAAAAGAGAGGGAAGAGAAUGACAAGGGAGAGGAGCAAGCACCAGGAGGGGGAGGAGGCAGUGGUAAAGGAGGAGAGAGAGAUUCAAAGGAGGAAGGAGGGGAGAAAGUUAAAAACGGUGGUGGGAGGAGGCUUUUGCAAGCAGCAAUUGAGACUGGGGACGUUGAGGUCUUUCAUGCUGAUGUCGUUCACACGCAGGUGUCUCAUGCUGAUAAUACAACUGAUGGUGCUGAUGGGACUGGUGAUAAUAACGAGGAGUCCAAAAGAGACGUGACAAACGAGGAUGUGAUUGUAGCGGAGCCGUGUGACGGUGUGGGGUGUCUGGGUUCGGAUGCUCUUGUGAUCUUCCCAGCAACGCCGGGGUUUGGAGUGGAUGGGGGGUCCAACUUCAUCUCGCAGCUCAACGCGUCUGCUGCAGACCUCUGGGGCAAAGCGUAUCUGAAGAGUCCUCUCCGCAACGAGGUGAUGGGGCGUACAAGCCCCACUCACUCACACCAGGGUUGGAUCCCGCUCCUAUCCCCUCCUUGCUUCUCCCCCUCCUCAAUACCCUCCCUUCCGCUGUGCAGCCUCUGGGGCAAGGCGUAUCUGAAGAGUCCUCUGCCCAACGAGGUGAUGGGGCGUAUGGGCGAGCACUCCAGGUUCCUCAAGAAGGUGAGCAGUUUGCUACACAAAGGAAGGAGCACACUUGAGCAGCGGCCAUCUCCUCUGCACCCUCUGCCCAACGAGGUGAUGGGGCGUAUGGGCGAGCACUCCAGGUUCCUCAAGAAGGUGAGGUGA